AUGGACAGAGCGAGCGGAGACCGUCACAUAAGGCUGUCGGACAGAGCGGAGAGCAGCGGUGGAAUAACUCAACCUGACACUCAUCACAGAGAGGCAUCCAGGAAAGGAUCAAAACGUCCUCAUCAUGUCCAACUUCAGUUCUCCCUCCUCAACUUUCAUUCCCAAAGUCGUAAAAAACCACAGGAUGACAGCGUCGUGAGCAAUGACUUUUCCACGACCUUGGGUGCCCUCAUCCUCAGCUUGGUCGUCCUCCUGGGCGUCCCCGGCAACCUCUUCAUCAUCUGGAGCAUCCUCGCUCGCGCCCGACGAUGCUCGGUCACCACCCUCCUCAUCCUCAACCUGGCGUGUGCCGACGGCUUCCUCAUGGCCCUCACCAUCUUCUUCAUCAUCUACCUGGCCAAGCAGACGUGGGUCUUCGGCGACGCCAUGUGCAAAGGCCUGUUCUACCUGUGCAACGCCAACAUGUACGCCUCCAUCUUUCUGAUCACGCUGAUGAGCGUGCACAGGAUGGUGGUCGUGGUGUUGCCGCGGAAAGUGACCACCCUGGUCAACAAGAAGGUUGUGAGGAGGGUGAUCGUAGGCACGUGGGUGUUGGUGAUGUUCAUUUCUAUCCCCUCGCUGGUGUUUCGAGACGUGAGAGACGACCACGACGAGAAGAAUAGAACAAGGCUGGUGUGUGCGCCCAAUCACACGCAGUCUCGGCAUGUGAGGUUUCAGUACGCCUUAGAGACGGUGUCGGGAUUCAUCCUCCCUUACGCAGUCAUCAUUAUCAGCUACGUCCUCAUCCUGAGACGCCUGAGGAAGACCAAGUUCCAGCGAAAGGUCCGCAGCGAGAAACUCAUCCUGGCUAUUGUGGUGAUGUUCGGCCUCUUCUGGCUGCCGUACCAUGUUAUCAACAUGAUACAGGUGACAGCUGAGUGGUACCCGGAGAACACAGCCAUGAGAGAAAAAUUGGACCACAUCUCUCAGUCCAGUCGUGCGGUGACUUCGGCGUUGGCCUUCAUCAGCAGCUGCGCCAACCCCGUACUCUACACCUUCGCUGCGAAAUCCUACAUCAAGAAGAACGGCGUUGCCUUCAUGGCUCGUCUCUUUGAGGGCACGUCGUUUGACCAAACAGGAACCAAAAAGAGCAAAGAACACGGGGAACUCAGUGCUGUUGACCACUCAAAUGGCACAGAUCUGACCUGCAUAUCACAGCUGUAA